UAACAUAUCUUGUUGAAAAGGGUGCUGAUGUAAAUGGCAAGAAGAUUUGCGGAAAAACAGUGCUCCACACCGCCGUUACAAAGGAUUCGCUAGAAAUGGUAAAAUAUCUUGUUGAAAAGGGCGCCGACGUAAAUGGUAAGGAUACUUAUGGCAGUACAGUGCUGCACACUGCUGUCACUGAAAGUACGCUUGAAAUAGUAAAAUAUCUUGUUGAAAAAGGCGUUGAUGUAAAUAGCAAGAAGAAGAAUGGGUGGACUGUGCUGCACUGUGCUGUUACCAAAGGUAUGCUAGAAAUGGUAAAAUAUCUUGUUGAAAAGGGCGCAGAUGUAAAUGGAAAGGAUACUUAUGGCAGUACAGUACUGCACACUGCUGUCACUGAAGGUACGCUUGAAAUAGUAAAAUAUCUUGUUGAAAAAGGCGUUGAUUUAUAUAGCAAGAAGAAGAAUGGGUUGACCGUGCUGCACUGUGCUGUUACCAAAGGUACGCUAGAAAUGGUAAAAUAUCUUGUUCAAAACGGUGCUGAUGUAAAUGCCAGAGUAAUUGACGGGCGGACGGUCCUGCAUUAUGCUGUUAAUAGGGGUAGCCCAGAAAUAGUGAAACAUCUCGUUGAAAAGGGCGCUGACGUCAAUUGCAGGGAUUCUCAAAGACGGACAGUGCUGCACUAUGCUGUUACUGAAGGUACGCUGCAAAUAGUAAAAUAUCUUGUUGAAAAGGGCGCUGAUGUAAAUAGCAAAAAGAAGAAUAGCAAGAAGAAGAAUGGGUGGACAGUGCUGCACGGCACUGUUACUAAAGGUACGCUAGAGAUGAUGAAAUAUCUUGUUCAAAACGGCGCUGAUGUAAAUGCCAAAGUAAUUGACGGGUGGACGGCGCUGCAUUAUGCCGUUAAUAAAGGUAGGCUAGAAGUGGUGAGAUAUCUCGUUGAAAAGGGUGCUGAUGUUAAUAGCAAACAUACUGACGGGUGGACUGUGCUGCACUUUGCUGUUACUAAAGGUACGCUGGAAAUGGUGAAAUAUCUUAUUGACAUGGGCGCUGAUGUAAAUGGCAAGGAUACUGACGGGUGGACUGUGCUCCACUCCUGUAUUAAUGAAGGUUCUUUGAAUGUAGUGAAAUAUCUCGUGGAAAAGGGCGCUGAUAUAAAUAGUGAGAAGACUAACGGGUGUACUGUGCUGCACUCUGCUGUUACUGAAAGUAAGCUUGAUAAAGUAAAAUAUCUUGUGGAAAAUGGUGCUAAUGUAAAUGGAAAGAAGUCUGAUGGGAAGACAGUGCUGCACUGCGCUGUAACUAAAGGUAGGCUGGAAAUUGUGAGAUAUCUGGUUGAGCACGGUGCUGACAUAAAUUGUAAUGAUGCUGAUGGAUUGUCAGUGUUGCACAUUGCUGUGGAUACAGGUACAUUGGAAAUUGUCCAGUAUUUAGUCGAGCAGGGUUCUGACGUAACUCUUGAAAGUAAAAGGGACUUUCAUUCUCUUGGUAUUGACAUCCUGGAGAUGGCUAUUGUGAACAAUUCAGUUGCUUUGAUCAAUAAAUUGUUGGAGAAAGAUAUUGCUGUUUGGAGAAUUGGGACAUUUCUUGUUGAAGGAAGGGAAAUGAGUCUUAUUGAAUGGUGUAUUCACCUUGGUCAUGAUGAAAUUGCAAGUAUCCUGAAAAGGUCCAUGAAACAUCGUGAGGAAAUUCAGAUGUUAAAAUCAAUGAAUGGCACCCAGUUAAAAAAGAUUGGAGUUCCGGUAGCGGCCUUUGUCGCAAGGAAUCAAUUCAAAAUUGGCGAUGGUGGUUUUUCUUGUGUCUAUGUUGGUCUUAUGAAGGAUGGAAGCGAAGUUGCUGUUAAGAGAAUAUUGGUGCAAAGUGAAGAUACAACAAUCGAAAACGAAAAGGAGAUCCUGAAACUUAUUAAAACAGACAACUCUCCAUUUAUAGUGAGCUAUCGACAUUUUCACCGUGACGAUACUUUCAUGUAUCUUACUGUAGAUCUUUGCGAAGAAAACUUGAGGGAACUUGUUCAUGCAUGCAAAAUUGAACAUCUACAAGAGCAAGGUCCACGAAUGAUAAAGGAGGUUCUAGUCGGACUUGACUUUCUUCAUCGUAAAGGAAUAUUGCACAGAGACCUAAAACCAUCAAACGUCCUGGUUGAUAUUGAAGGUCGCAUGAAAUUGGCAGACUUUGGAAUAAGUCGCGUCCUAAAAGACGACCAAACGACAGUUCAAACAUUCGCUAAAGGUACUCCGGGAUGGAUGCCACCUGAAGUAAUCAAGGCAAUAGAGAAAAACGAGAAAGGUCCUUUCAAAAGGAAAUCAGAUGUCCAGGUCGCGGGUAUGAUUGCUUUCUUCGUCUUAACUAAAGGUGAACACCCUUUUGGCUCUUCGUUUGAUCGAAUGAGAAAUAUUUUAGAAGGAAACUGCGUUAGUAUUGACAGACUUGAUGAUCGUGAAGCUCGGCAUUUUGUGUCGUGGCUGAUUAGUCAUAAGAUUGAUGAUAGACCUUAUGCUCACGAAGCGCUGAGGGCUUCUUUUAUUAAUGGAGACUAAGAAGAUUUGGAUAACAAAAUGAAUUUGUCAAAGGACAGCAAUAACAGCAGUAUUCUGUAUAACAGCUGUGUUCUUUUUCAUGAACAUAGUCAUAGGUUUGCUUUGAAUGAGGUUUGUGACGAAGGUUUGCUUGGAAUGAGGUUUGUGAGGAAGGUUCAAAGUUGAACACUCUAUUUGAUCACAUGCAUGUAGCAAAAAACCAAAUCUUUCUUAAUUUUGGUUACCACUUGACUCAGAGACGUAACGUCAUUUUGAUGAGUUUAAGGUAGGAUUUUAAGGUUUUCAAAACUUGAAAUCCUACCAGAGGAAGGUUGAACUCUUUUUGCAACUCUGCUGUAGAGUAUAUCUAAGACUAUGUUCACAUGCACCAUAACGUUUUCGAGCGUUUUCAUCUUUGUUU